AUGUCCUCAGAGCCCCCGCCAGAAGCUCCCGCACCAGCCGUUUCCGAGAGCGCCCCUCGACCCUCAGUGACAGCAGCCAUCUCGACGCCCGAGCUCGAGCUGUCCAAGCUCCAGGCACUGCCCGCAGAGCAACAAGACCUGUUCCUCCUGACGUUCGUGUCGACCCUGACCAAGCAUGUCCUCUCCCUCGACGCCGACGACUGCACCGCGCAGCAGUUCUACCUCAAAAAGGAGAUAUUCCAGAUCAUAAACCUCACCACCCCGCCGCCUACCCGUGUUAUAAGGAACAGCAUCGGCAAAUGUCUCGCCCACAUAUUCGAGAAGGGAGACCGGAAGCUCCUGGUCGAGACCGUCAACGACCUCGUGGCCAUAAUAACGAGCGGGAAAUCGAAGGGUGAGGGCGAGGUCCGCGCGAAACAUGCUGCCGUCUCCUGCCUCGGCGACGUCUACGCCGCAGCAGGUGACAGCGUCGGCCAUUACCACCAGAUCGCCUGCAUGGCGCUUCUGAAGCUCCUGAAGGGCUCGGCGAACCAUGCAGGCCUCCGCGCGGCGUGCUUCACGGCGCUUGGCAAGAUCGCGAAGAUGGUGGCCGGCAUGAUGGACGAGUCCAUCGCACGAGACAUAUGGAAGCAGGGCCGGAACCAUGCCUCGACAGACAGGGGCGCGCUGGUAGGUGCGGCCGCCUGUCGGUGUCUUCGGUCUUUGAUGCGGAACACGAACUACUUCAAGAACUCCAACGACUUCGACAAGGUCCAGACGGCCAUGUUCAAGACCUUUGAGCAUACAUCCUCGACUACGAGACGGGCAGCAGCUGAGUGUCUGGCCGAGGCUUUCGUCAGGGGCUACUCGGAAUCUUCUGCAGGGGAGACAUUUCAGGAAGUUGCAGUUAAAAAGCCAAAAUCCAAGGCGUCGAAGCGCCAGUCGAUGGGGCCUGGCGCGCUGCAAGAUGAGGAUGAUAUUCCGUCAAGGCCUGGGAGUCCAGCGCCUACCAAAAGGAACCCCAACCUUGCCCUAACUCCAGGAGACAUGCUGAAAUCGCUGUCUACCCAAUACGGUCGCAUGGCUACGUCUAAUAAGGCCAGGACCGCUAUUGGCAUAUGCUACGCGACGCUCCUGCAGCGACUUGGAGAGAAGGCCGUCGAGAUCAACUACCUCAAUAUUGUUGAAAACCUGACCAUGGACUUGCUCGGCAACCCCAACAUUGUAAACAACCGUUACCGUCUCCUUAUCUCCCGGCGCAUCGUCGACCACCUACUACAGGAUGUCGUAGGCAAGAAGAUUCUCGGCGAGACUGGGCAGUCACAUGCCGCAAAAGUCUUGAUCAACGACAUCCUCAAAAAUUAUCCGCAAGCACUGAAAGAGCGGCCCGAGCCGACCAAAAACAUGCUGAUCGCCGCGAUGGGAGCACUGGGCUCGUUAAUGAUCUCACUUGGCUCAGCCUCAAACUCCUUUGCCGAGGCCGCCAGAGACGCCUUGUUGCAGGUCCUUCAGCACCCCAGUUACACAGUCCAGGUCUACACCUCGGCGUGUCUCAAGACCUUCGUCCUUGCAUGUCCACAGCAGUUGCUCCCCUGUCUCUCGGUAUGCAUGAACAGCCUGAGCAGGGAGCUUGGUGUGCUUGGCACAGGUCGCAACUCUCAGCGAAAGUGCACUGGCUUCUCUCAUGGUCUGGCCGCCACGCUCAGUGCAAGUCCAGCCAGGCCGCUGUAUGGAUCUGUUGAUAUCAACAGUCGUGUGCUCACUAUGGCGACAAAUUUGCUCAAGACCAGUGGAAAACAAGAACUUCGUGUUGCUAGUACGCAGAUCCAGGUUGCUUGGACACUGAUCGGUGGUCUCAUGUCCUUGGGGCCUAACUUUGUCAAAAUCCACCUGUCCCAGCUCCUGCUUCUCUGGAAGAAUGCACUACCAAAACCCCUCGCGAAGGAUAAUACUUCCGCACGAAAUUAUCUCGAGGCGUCUUUCCUCGCACAUGUUCGAGAAUGUGCCCUGGGCUCCAUAUUGGCGUUUCUGGAGUAUAAUAGCCGACUGUUGACCGUCGAUGUGUCGAAAAGAAUUGCGACCAUGCUGCAGAGCACGACAGCCUUCCUGAAGACACUACCUAAGAAGAAGACUUCAGAUGACAUCUCGGAGAGACUGGCCCCAGCUUUGCAGCUUCAUGACAUCGAGAUGAUGGUCCAGCGGCGCGUGAUGCAAUGCUAUAUUAAACUGGUGAACACAAGCCCAGCUGGCGGUAGCGAGGCGCUGUUGCAGUCAAACCUGCUCACCCUGGCAAUUUCACUUUUCGCAGACCCGGAAACCUAUUCUCCUAGUUCAUUGAGUGCAGCGAUCGCGAGCUCUGCCGGCACAUUCGAGACGAUCUGGGAUGUCGGUGACAACUCGGGAUACGGUGUGACCGGUCUCGUCACUGGGUUCACCGUCAAGAGGUUACCAGGGCAGCAUGAAAGCUCCGUGGAGCCGUCUCUUACAAGAGACGACAGCCCAGAAGACGCGAUGGAGAAUCUCCUAUUGUCUCCUGUGUGCAGCGCACUGGAGCACGACGCAUCUACUCUCUAUAUUGGCGGACAGGAAGCCUUCGACUGUAUGACGAAUCCUCCAGCUACAGAGGUCGUAAACAUGGCUAUCCAGUUGUUCGCAUUCGCAUUCCCGCUCACUCCAGCCAAGGUCCAGGAGAGCAUUCUGGAACAAAUCGCCUCGUUCAUGGCAGCUGGCUCAGGCGAGCGCGACGCUGCGCGGAAAGCGGCCGUCAAGGUCAAUGUGGCGACGGCGUUUCUGUCAACACUCAAGGUCGCCGUCAAGGAGACAAAGUCCCCGCAUGGAGACGUCACCAACCUGCAAGUCGAGAAGCUGCUUCAGGACACGAUCAGAGGUUUCGUGCUCGACCCAGACCAGUACGUGAGAAACCUGGGUUAUGCAGCUAUUGCUCGCCUUUGCAAUGCUUGCGGCAAUGCGUUCACGAACUCCGAGAUCAAGUUCCUCGUAGAUACGAUCGUGGUCAACAGAGAACCUAGUGCUCGAGCAGGUUGUGCAAUGGCACUGGGUUGCAUCCAGGCCAAAGUCGGUGGCAUGGCUGCCGGAUAUCAUCUCAAGACAAUUCUUGGCAUACUCAUGUCGCUUUGUAACGACCCGCACCCGACUGUGCAUUUCUGGGCCCUGGAGGCCCUGGCGCGUGCUGCCGAUGCCGCUGGCUUGGGCUUCUCUCCAUACGUCUCGAGCGCCCUUGGCAUGCUUGCACAGCUCUACGUGUCUGAUACGCACAAUCCGGAGGUUGCGUCUGCGAUCUCCAUGAACCUAGAGCUGGAGUUGUCCACAACGGCGUCCAUUACACGAUGUGUUGACUCUCUGAUCAACGUCCUUGGCCCCGAUUUGCAAGACAUUAGCAAGUCCAGGGAGCUCAUACUGACACUGGUCGGGUAUCUUCAGGAUGAAGAAGAUACUCAAGUACAGGCGGCGAGCCUUGCAUGUCUAGAGCAUCUCUCUCUGUACGCGCCCGGGUAUAUGUAUUUCGCCGACUAUGUCAAGUUGCUUCAGAAGUACCUGCAGUCGGGCCAUUCUACACUCCGAGACGUCGCGAUCGAUGGUAUCUACAACAUUAUGAAGCGCGAUCCGUAUGAUGUUAUCCGAACCGCGGAGCCUGGCCUGGAAGAUCACCUGUGGCUUGCACUUGACGCAAACCCAGAACACGACGGCAUACGAAAUAUCAUCCAGAACUGGAUGCGCCAGACGUGCCUGACAGACACGGCAGAUUGGCUCCAGAGAUUCCAAGGCGUCUUGAAGCUGACAAGGCCCAAGGCUGUUGCCGACAUCCAGGUGUUGAAUAGGAAGGCUACUGCGGCCGUUGACAUUCAGGACGAAGAAGUGGCCGGUUUCGCGGCGGCCGGCGGUGUGGCCAAGGACGAAAAAGAGGGCGGUUCGGGCUCUGACGUGGAGCCGCUGAGAUGGCAAGUCAUCGCCUUCGCGAUGACACUCCUCAACGACGUAUUCAUCUACAUCAACAAGGAUGUCAUGACGAAUGGAGAGUCGGCUGCUCAGGUGGCACUACAGAGCAGAAUCGCGGAUGUCGUCCGUAUGGCUUUCUCUGCUUCUACCUCUGGUGUCUUGGAGCAACGCAUCUGGGGCUUGAAGAUUAUUGGUGCAGUGUUGAAGAUGUUCGGAAAGACGCCCGAUCCAGAUUUUGACGAGGCAAUGCUUUUGGAGCAGUAUCAGGCGCAGAUCAGCUCUGCACUAACGCCUGCCUUCGCUGCUGAUUCGUCUCCUGAGCUUGCAUCCGAGGCAGUCAAUGUGUGCGCAGCAUUCAUUGCCACCGGUAUUGUCAAGGACGUCGAUCGUAUGGGUAGGAUCUUAAAGACCCUCGUCAGCGCCCUCGAGAACUUCGCCACCGAAACCGACAAUGCUGGUAUUGGCGAGCUCAAGGGAUUGAGCUCCAACGCCCAGGUCAUGGUGAAGAUGGCGGUCUUCUCAGCCUGGGCCGAGUUGCAAGUUGCAAGCACCGAACAAGCCUACCUUCUCGAGGUUCUCAAAACACACAUCGGCAUGCUGACCCCACUGUGGCUGGAGUCACUUAGAGAGUUUGCCCGACUCAGGUUCGAGCCAGACAUUUCCAUGACACUGGGCCCACCAUCGUUGUCCGGUAGUCUGGACACCAUCUACGCAGCUCUGAACAGAGAGACGCUGCUCAAAUUCUACCAGGACUCGUGGUUGAAGCUUGUGGAUGCCAUUGCGAGCCUGAUCGGACAAGACAGUGAAUUUGUGUUCGAUGCCCUCGAUGGUAAGACCACCGCAGACGCCUCAACCAAUGGCCACACCAAAGGGUCAGACAUCAACUAUCGCGACGAGCCCCUCGCGUUCUUCUUUGUCCUCUUCGGUAUCGCGUUCGAGGCUCUUGCCGCGAAACCAGGCCAGGCAGACUCCCUUGCUCGCCAGGAGCAAACACUCGAGAUUCUCCAAGCACUCAAGAAGAUCUUGCAUCCGAGCGUUUCAGGUCACGCGAUCUAUAGGGAGGCCAUCUUCUCGGAGACCAUGGAUCUUCUGGAUCGGCUUGUCCUGACUGAGGGCUUGGAUGUUCAAGGCGUCAUUGUUGAGAUCGCCCGGGCGCUCUGCGUCGCGCACCCUGCAGCCAGGAGAUCGACCGAGCCAGACAACGGAGAACUCUCCGAGGACAUUGAGCAGCUCUUCGAGCUGACACGCAUCAUUGUCCUGGUUCUGGCUGGGCUUUUACCGAACCUCACUGAAGCAAACCAGCCCGUCCGCCACGUCCUGACCGAAGAGGCUGUGUUACUCAUUCGCACAUCCCUCAAUGCCUUGGUUGACGCUGCUGAAGUCUUCCCAGCUGUCAUCAAGACAGACCUGCAUGCUUGUCUCAUCCACAUUUUUGCCACAAUUCUAUCAACACCAUUGUGUCAGGAAAUUGUCGUCCCGCAAUCUCUGCCAACGCUGAAGCGAUUCAUCGCGACUAUGGCCGGCCCACGAGAGGGGAACAGUGGGCCCACGGAUGUCCAGCUCCAAGGCUGCUUGCGACGCUUCUUGUCCAUCUACCUCCACUCGCAGAAACGAGAAAAGCCCACGGACCUGACCAAUGUCAAGAAUAGCCUGUUGGCUAUCACCAUCCUGUUCACAGGCGGGCAGAAUCACCUGUCGGCUAACGACCCCAUCGUGGCCAAGUUCUUGGAGGAGUUGGUGGAUUGUCUCACGGACCGCAUGACUGCCAAGAUCGCAGCCAACUGCGUCCGGUCGCUCCUCCUUCGAGGCAAGCCCACCGUGGCCGACGAGACCAUCACCCGGUUCCUCCUACCGCGCCUGAUCUCCUUCGUGACGACGACAGACCGCGAGGACCCGGAGCACGCGCGCUCCGUCGUCGCGCACACGCUGUCGCAGUACGUGGGCGUCGUGUCCAAGGACCACACGGCCAUCGCCAUGUCGCUGGUCCUGCCGACGCUGCUGUCGCGCGCCGCGAGCGAGGGCCCCGGGGAGCAGGGCAUCUACCGCGAGACGAGCGCGCGCCUGCUGGAGCUGGCGUCGGUCGAGCAGGGGAGCUUCCGGGGCAUCGUGGCGGGCAUGAGCGAGGGCCAGAAGGCGUUCAUGGAGGAGGUCAUCAAGAGCGGGCGGUCGAACGACCACGCUGAGAAGGAUGCGGACUCGGGGUCCGGGCAGCCUUCCAUCGCGCUCAAGAUGAAUUUCGGGGGUGGCAACUGA